AUGGAGUGUGGCGCAAAGAGAAAGGCUGAAGGUCUGCAUCGAGAAGCGGAAGGAGAUGAAUGUGAUGUGAUAAGCGGCAGGAGGAAGAGAAGAAAAGAGGAAUGUAUCCUAUCAAGAGGACAGAUAAAGGUGUGUGGCACCAAGAGGAAGGCAGAAAGUCUGCUGCGUGAAGCGGAAGGAGAAGGAUGUGUUUUGAUAAGAGGAAGGAGAAAGGGGGAAGGCGGGAGGUUUGCGGCGAGCAGCGGAGGGAAGAAGAUGUGUUGUGAUAAGAGGAAGGAGGACAAUGUGUGGUUACAAGAGGAAGAAAGAAAAGGGAAGGAGGCAGGGAAGGAAGGAGGAAUGUAUCAUCUCAAGAGGAAGGAUAUAAAGUCAUGUGGCGCCAGGAGGAAGGCGGAAGGUUUGCGGCGAGCAGCGGAGGGAAGAAGAUGUGUUGUGAUUAGAGGAAGGAGGAAGGUGUGUGGUUACAAGAGGAAGAAGGAAAAGGGAAGGAGGCAGGUGUGUUUUAAAAGAAAAAGGAAGGGUGAAGCAAAUACUGAAAAUGAAAGCAGCGGGCAAACAGACAGCACACAGAGGAAUGACACAACAUCAGAUGAGGAUGAAGAUAGUCAAUAUAUGCGGUACCUAAGAAACACUAAACACGAACACAGUGAGGAUGAUGAUGAUGACGAUGAUAGCAGUGAUCAUAUGGAUGGUCAUGAUGAGGAACCUAAGGAUGAUAUUAUUGAUACCGAUGCUGUAGAAAUAGAAAAAGAACAGAAACAGACAGGUGUAGCAGCAAAUUCUAAAACUGAGAGUAGCGGGCAAACAGACAGCACACAGAGGGAUGACACAACAUCAGAUGAGGAUGAAGAUAGUCAAUACAUGCAUUACCAAGGAAACACUACACACGAACACAGUGGGAAUGAUGAUGAUGACGAAGAUAGCAGUGAUCAUAUGGAUGGUCAUGAUGAGGAGGCUAAGGAGGAUAAGAUUGAUAAUGAUGAAGUAGAAAUGAAAAAAGAACAGAAACAGACAGGUGGAGCAGUGAUUGAAAUGCUGUGUGUGGAACCAAUAAAUGUGACAUCUUCUACCAAGCAUACCUUACCUCCAAAACAGAACAGUCCACCAGAGCCAAUACUUCCAGCCAAAGGGAAGCCAAAAAAGUUACACAAAUUACAGAAAUGUCAGGAAAAGGAACAGUCUAAAACAUCCAAACAAAAUGUUCCGCAGACCAAUCCCAACCUUUGCAAAACAGAAAAGAAAAAAUCUGUAAAGAAAGACACUAUGAUUGUAAAAGGCGAGAAAUGGUUUACCCAAGGCAGAACACCAUCUCAACCCAGUUCAUCGAAGUCAAAGCUUAAACCUAAAGUGUCAAUGGAAACGUCACAGGAACUGUUGAAAAAAAUACAAAUGAUUUCACCAUUAUAUGCCAGUAUGCUGAAUGGAGAACUAGAAAUUGAUAAGAUGAGAAGGAUACAUGGACAUGUUAAAGACAUGAUAUCAACUUUAGUCGUAAAAUUGAUUGAUAACAUGUCCGAAGAUGAACAUGAGCCAGAAGUAGAAGAACAGAGGAUAGUAGAGACACCAGAUGAACCAGAUGAAAAUGAGCCCAGUAAUACAGAGUCAAUCUUAUAUCAGUGUGCCGUGGAAAAUACUGACAACUUCAUGUCGGAAUGGCAAAAAGCGAAUCAGGAGGUGUCACAUUUAUUGAAUAGAAACGCCGAAAUAGUUGUAAGAGCGACAAAACUGCCCCAGUGCGACAUUCCUUCAAUGAAUUUCCAGCCAGAUAUCGAUGGAAUAGUAGUCGAGUUAACAAGCUUUGCAGGAAUAACAUUUCCGUUGACACAUAUCUCAAUACUAAGAAAUGAUUUUAAUAGUUUGGAAAAUAUUUAUCCAAAGUUGAAGAAACAUUUAGAUCUUCGUCACUAUUCCGAAAAAAACACUGAGUGUCUUAGCACAGUGUAA